CCUGCUCCACACAGCUCUCUGGGGCUGCGCUGCCUGGACAGAGAAAUUUCUCCUCCGUUUGGAUAUCCUCCCGUCUUCUCGUCUCCUUCGUUAUUUAUUUCCCCAGCAGCCUCCUCUGAAGGGGCAAGUGUGAAAGUCUUUCUGAUUGCCAGAAAUUUCUUUUGCACCGUGUGGGCAGGAGACAGAUUUUUUUUUUCUCCCCCGUCCCCAGAACUGUCUCUUUCCCUCAUUUAUUAAUUUUGCUUUCCGUUUCUUUCCUUCCCCUGUGCAUUUUCUGUAGACUUUAUCUUCUUUCCCCUUCAAUUUUACCACCUCCCUCUUUUCCUUCCUCUCCUUUCCUCCCGUCCCCUCCCCCCACCCUUUGCUCUUUUAAGAUAAUUCAAUGAUGCUUCGGGAUUACUAGCGCACCCUCCUUCAGCUGAGCGCGGGACUCUGCUUUAAUUCAAGAGCAAUGUUCUGUGAUGGUGCCCGAGAUGCGUGGACUGAGCCCAGGCCGAAGGCUGCCCGAGCCCACCCUGUGCCCGGCUACAGGAGGGAGCCCUGAGCCCGGGGCUGCUGGCAGGCGCCGCCACGUCCUGGCUCUGCCUGAGGAGGAGGCAUGGCGGCCGCAGCAGUGCGCCCUGCUCGAGGCCGAUGCCUCCGACGAGGUGGGCAUGUUGCCUGCUUCCCCGCGCUCCGCGGUGGCCGGCUUCGACAACUUCUUCCCGGUGCAGGAGGGCGAGGGCCCGGGCUGGGAGGGCAGCACCACGCUGGAUGCAGGCUCCAGCCCCUUCCUCCCUGUGAGCCCAGAGGUCAUGAAGCGGAGGCGAGGGGGGCUCAUCGAGCAGCGGGACAUCAUCAAAGCCCACGAGGCACACAAGAUGCAGAGCACCCCGCAGGCCCGGCGCAAGGAGUGGGAGAUGGCUCGCUUCGGGGAGGCGGUGGUCGUUGGCAGGCCAGGCUCAGGCGAUGGAGACUCGGACCAGAGCAGGAACCGACAAGGAACCCCCGUACCGGCCUCGGGGCCGGCGGCCGCCUACAAGCAGUCAAAAGCGCAGAGGGCGCGGACUAUGGCUUUGUACAACCCCAUACCAGUCCGGCAGAACUGUUUCACGGUCAACAGAUCCCUGUUCAUCUUCGGAGAAGAUAACAUUGUCAGGAAAUACGCCAAGAAGCUCAUCGAUUGGCCGCCAUUUGAGUACAUGAUCCUGGCCACCAUCAUUGCCAACUGUAUCGUCUUGGCCCUGGAGCAGCAUCUUCCUGAGGAUGACAAGACCCCAAUGUCUCGAAGACUGGAGAAGACAGAACCAUAUUUCAUUGGGAUCUUCUGCUUUGAAGCUGGGAUCAAAAUUGUGGCUCUAGGGUUCAUCUUCCAUAAGGGUUCAUACCUUCGUAAUGGCUGGAAUGUCAUGGACUUUAUCGUGGUCCUUAGUGGCAUCCUGGCCACUGCGGGAACCCACUUCAACACCCACGUGGACCUUCGGACCCUCCGGGCUGUGCGUGUCCUGAGGCCUUUAAAGCUGGUGUCAGGAAUACCUAGCUUGCAGAUUGUGCUGAAGUCUAUCAUGAAGGCCAUGGUGCCUCUUCUGCAGAUUGGCCUUCUGCUCUUCUUUGCCAUCCUCAUGUUCGCCAUCAUUGGCUUGGAGUUCUACAGUGGCAAGUUGCAUCGAGCAUGCUUCAUGAACAAUUCAGGUAUUCUAGAGGGAUUCGAUCCUCCUCACCCGUGUGGUGUUCAGGGCUGCCCGGCUGGUUAUGAAUGUAAGGACUGGAUCGGCCCCAAUGACGGGAUCACCCAGUUUGACAACAUCCUUUUUGCCGUGCUGACUGUCUUCCAAUGCAUCACUAUGGAAGGGUGGACCACUGUGCUGUACAAUACCAAUGAUGCCUUAGGAGCCACCUGGAACUGGCUGUAUUUCAUUCCUCUCAUCAUCAUCGGAUCCUUCUUUGUUCUCAACCUCGUCCUGGGAGUGCUUUCUGGGGAAUUUGCCAAAGAAAGAGAGAGAGUGGAGAACCGAAGAGCGUUCAUGAAGCUCCGGCGCCAGCAACAGAUUGAGCGCGAGUUGAAUGGCUACCGCGCCUGGAUAGACAAAGCAGAGGAAGUCAUGCUUGCUGAAGAAAAUAAAAACUCGGGAACAUCAGCCUUGGAAGUGCUUCGAAGGGCAACCAUCAAAAGGAGCCGGACGGAGGCCAUGACCCGAGACUCCAGCGAUGAGCACUGCGUUGAUAUCUCUUCAGUGGGCACACCUCUUGCCAGAGCCAGUAUCAAGAGCACAAAAGUAGACGGGGCCUCCUAUUUCCGGCACAAGGAACGGCUUCUGCGCAUCUCUAUCCGCCACAUGGUCAAGUCCCAAGUCUUUUACUGGAUCGUCCUGAGUGUUGUGGCUCUUAAUACUGCCUGUGUGGCCAUUGUUCAUCACAACCAGCCACAAUGGCUCACUCACCUCCUCUACUAUGCAGAAUUUUUGUUUCUGGGACUCUUCCUGUUGGAGAUGUCCCUGAAGAUGUACGGCAUGGGGCCACGCCUUUAUUUUCACUCAUCCUUCAACUGCUUUGAUUUUGGGGUCACAGUGGGCAGCAUCUUUGAGGUCGUCUGGGCAAUCUUCAGACCUGGAACAUCUUUUGGAAUCAGUGUCUUACGAGCUCUCCGGCUCCUAAGGAUAUUUAAAAUAACCAAGUAUUGGGCAUCCCUCCGGAAUCUGGUUGUCUCCUUGAUGAGCUCCAUGAAGUCUAUUAUCAGCUUACUCUUCCUCCUCUUCCUCUUCAUCGUUGUCUUUGCUCUCCUGGGAAUGCAGCUCUUUGGAGGCAGGUUUAACUUUAAUGAUGGAACUCCUUCAGCUAAUUUUGACACCUUCCCUGCAGCUAUCAUGACAGUGUUCCAGAUCCUUACAGGGGAAGACUGGAAUGAGGUGAUGUACAAUGGCAUUCGCUCCCAGGGUGGGGUCAGCUCAGGCAUGUGGUCUGCCAUCUACUUCAUUGUGCUCACCUUGUUUGGAAACUACACGCUGCUGAAUGUCUUCUUGGCCAUUGCGGUGGACAAUCUGGCCAAUGCCCAGGAGCUGACUAAGGAUGAGCAGGAGGAAGAAGAAGCCUUCAACCAGAAACAUGCACUGCAGAAGGCCAAGGAGGUCAGCCCAAUGUCUGCUCCCAACAUGCCUUCCAUUGAAAGAGACAGAAGGAGAAGACACCACAUGUCGAUGUGGGAGCCACGCAGCAGCCACCUGAGGGAGCGGAGGCGCCGGCACCACAUGUCUGUGUGGGAACAGCGCACCAGCCAGCUGAGGAGGCACAUGCAGAUGUCUAGCCAAGAAGCCCUCAACAAAGAGGAGGCCCCACCGAUGAACCCCCUCAAUCCACUCAACCCACUGAGUCCUCUCAACCCCCUCAAUGCUCACCCCAGCCUCUAUCGGAGGCCCAGGCCCAUUGAGGGCCUAGCCCUGGGCCUGGGUCUUGAAAAGUGUGAAGAGGAGCGCAUCAGCCGUGGGGGUUCCCUCAAGGGGGACAUAGGGGGUCUGACCAGCGCCCUGGACAACCAGAGGAGCCCCUUGUCCUUGGGCAAACGAGAGCCACCGUGGCUGCCUAGAUCCUGUCAUGGAAACUGUGACCCAACCCAGCAGGAGGCUGGGGGAGGAGAGACUGUGGUGACUUUUGAGGACCGGGCCAGGCACAGGCAGAGUCAGAGGCGAAGCCGGCAUCGCCGAGUCAGGACUGAGGGCAAGGAGUCUGCCUCUGCCUCCCGAAGCAGGUCUGCCAGCCAGGAGCGGAGUCUGGAUGAAGGGGUGUCCAUCGAGGGGGAGAAGGAACAUGAGCCUCACAGCAGCCACAGGAGCAAAGAGCCGACCAUCCAUGAAGAGGAGAGAACCCAGGACUUAAGGAGGACCAACAGUCUGAUGGUACCCAGGGGCUCUGGACUGGUAGGGGCUCUUGAUGAAGCAGAAACACCUCUAGUCCAGCCCCAACCAGAGCUGGAAGUGGGGAAAGAUGCAGCUCUGACAGAGCAGGAGGCUGAAGGCAGCAGUGAACAAGCCCUUCUUGGGGAUGUACAGCUGGAUGUGGGCCGGGGCAUUAGCCAGAGUGAACCGGACCUCUCCUGCAUGACAGCCAACAUGGACAAGGCUACCACAGAGAGCACCAGUGUCACAGUCGCCAUCCCUGAUGUGGACCCUUUGGUGGACUCAACAGUGGUGAACAUUAGCAACAAGACGGAUGGAGAAGCCAGUCCCUUGAAGGAGGCAGAGACUAAAGAGGAAGAAGAAGAGGUGGAGAAGAAGAAGCAGAAGAAGGAGAAGCGGGAGACUGGCAAAGCCAUGGUGCCCCAUAGCUCUAUGUUCAUCUUCAGCACCACUAACCCGAUCCGCAGGGCCUGCCACUACAUUGUGAACCUACGCUACUUUGAAAUGUGCAUUCUCUUGGUGAUUGCGGCCAGCAGCAUUGCCCUGGCAGCUGAGGAUCCUGUCCUAACUAACUCGGAGCGUAACAAAGUCCUGAGAUAUUUCGACUAUGUUUUCACAGGAGUGUUUACCUUUGAGAUGGUUAUAAAGAUGAUAGACCAAGGCUUGAUCCUGCAAGAUGGAUCGUACUUCCGAGACCUCUGGAACAUCCUGGACUUUGUGGUAGUAGUUGGUGCAUUGGUAGCAUUCGCUCUGGCGAACGCUUUGGGAACCAACAAAGGGCGGGAUAUCAAGACUAUCAAAUCUCUGAGGGUACUUCGAGUUCUGCGGCCACUGAAAACCAUCAAGCGCUUACCCAAGCUGAAGGCUGUGUUUGACUGCGUGGUGACCUCCUUGAAGAAUGUCUUCAACAUACUCAUUGUCUACAAGCUCUUUAUGUUCAUCUUUGCCGUCAUUGCUGUUCAGCUAUUCAAAGGAAAGUUCUUUUAUUGCACCGACAGUUCCAAGGACACAGAGAAGGAGUGCAUAGGCAACUAUGUAGACCAUGAGAAAAACAAGAUGGAGGUAAAGGGCCGGGAAUGGAAGCGUCAUGAAUUCCACUAUGACAACAUCAUAUGGGCUCUGCUGACCCUCUUCACUGUCUCCACGGGGGAAGGAUGGCCUCAGGUUCUGCAGCACUCUGUAGACGUGACAGAGGAGGACAGAGGCCCAAGUCGCAGCAACCGCAUGGAGAUGUCCAUCUUUUAUGUGGUCUACUUUGUGGUCUUCCCUUUCUUCUUUGUCAAUAUCUUUGUGGCUCUCAUUAUCAUCACCUUCCAGGAGCAAGGGGACAAGAUGAUGGAGGAAUGUAGCCUGGAGAAGAAUGAGAGGGCAUGCAUCGACUUCGCCAUUAGUGCCAAACCUCUUACCCGCUACAUGCCACAGAACAGACACACCUUCCAGUACCGUGUGUGGCACUUUGUAGUCUCUCCAUCCUUUGAGUACACCAUCAUGGCCAUGAUUGCCUUGAACACUGUCGUGCUGAUGAUGAAGUACUAUUCUGCUCCUUGCACCUAUGAGCUCGCCCUAAAGUACCUGAACAUUGCCUUCACUAUGGUGUUUUCCCUGGAAUGUGUCCUAAAGGUCAUCGCUUUCGGCUUCCUGAACUAUUUCCGAGAUACCUGGAACAUCUUUGACUUCAUCACGGUGAUCGGCAGUAUCACAGAAAUUAUCCUGACAGACAGCAAGCUGGUGAACACCAGUGGCUUCAAUAUGAGCUUUCUGAAGCUCUUCCGAGCUGCACGGCUCAUAAAGCUUCUGAGACAGGGCUACACAAUCCGCAUCUUACUGUGGACCUUCGUGCAGUCCUUUAAGGCUCUCCCCUAUGUCUGCCUUCUGAUUGCCAUGCUUUUCUUCAUCUAUGCCAUCAUUGGGAUGCAGGUGUUUGGAAACAUAAAGUUAGAUGAGGAGAGUCAUAUCAACCGGCACAACAACUUCCGAAGUUUCUUUGGGUCCCUCAUGCUGCUUUUCAGGAGCGCCACUGGGGAGGCUUGGCAGGAGAUUAUGCUGUCCUGUCUGGGUGAGAAGGGCUGUGAGCCUGACACCACCGCACCGUCAGGGCAGAACGAGGGUGAGCGCUGUGGCACUGACCUGGCCUACGUUUAUUUUGUCUCCUUCAUCUUCUUCUGCUCCUUCCUGAUGCUCAACCUGUUCGUGGCUGUCAUCAUGGACAACUUUGAGUACCUUACUCGAGAUUCCUCCAUCCUGGGGCCUCACCACUUGGAUGAAUUUGUCCGUGUCUGGGCAGAAUAUGACAGAGCAGCAUGCGGCAGGAUCCCGUAUAAGGAUAUGUACAAAUUAGUGCGGGUGAUCUCGCCUCCUCUGGGCCUGGGAGAGAACUGCCCCUACAGGGUGGCUUGCAAGAGGUUGGUCCUGAUGAAUAUGCCAGUGGCCGAAGACAUGACAGUUCACUUCACCUCCACACUUAUGGCUCUGAUCCGGACGGCUCUGGACAUUAAAAUCGCCAAAGGUGGCGCAGACAGACAACAGCUAGACUCAGAGCUACAAAAAGAGACCCUGGCCAUUUGGCCUCACCUGUCCCAAAAGAUGUUGGAUCUGCUAGUGCCCAUGCCCAAAGCCUCUGACCUGACUGUGGGCAAGAUCUAUGCAGCAAUGAUGAUCAUGGACUACUAUAAACAGAGUAAGGUAAAGAAACAGAGACAGCAGCUGGAAGAACAGAAAAAUGCACCCAUGUUCCAGCGCAUGGAGCCCUCAUCACUGCCUCAGGAGAUCAUUGCUAAUGCCAAAGCCCUGCCUUAUCUCCAGCAGGACCCUGUUUCUGGCCUGAGUGGUCGGAGUGGAUACCCUUCAAUGAGUCCACUCUCCCCUCAAGAAAUAUUCCAGUUGGCUUGUAUGGACCCAGCGGAUGAUGGACAGUUCCAGGAACAGCAAUCUCUGGAGCCAGAGGUUAGUGAAUUAAAAAGUGUGCAGUCCUCUAACCAUGGCAUCUACCUUCCUCCGGACACCCAGGAGCAUGCGGGAUCUGGGAGGGCAUCCUCUAUGCCACGUCUGACUAUGGAUCCCCAGGUGGUAACAGACCCUAGCUCUAUGCGACGUUCCUUUUCUACAAUUCGGGAUAAGCGUUCAAACUCCUCCUGGUUGGAGGAGUUCUCCAUGGAACGCAGCAGUGAAAACACUUACAAGUCACGGCGCAGAAGUUACCAUUCCUCCCUGAGGCUGUCGGCACACCGCCUGAAUUCUGACUCCGGUCACAAGUCUGACACCCACCGAUCAGGAGGCAGGGAGAGAGGCCGAUCCAAAGAACGAAAGCACCUCCUCUCUCCAGACGUCUCCCGCUGCAAUUCUGAGGAGCGAGGGACCCAGGCUGAGUGGGAGUCCCCAGAACGUCGCCAGUCCAGGUCACCCAGUGAAGGAAGGUCACAGACCCCCAACAGACAGGGUACUGGUUCCCUAAGUGAGAGUUCCAUCCCCUCUAUUUCCGACACCAGCACCCCAAGACGAAGUCGUCGCCAGCUCCCACCUGUGCCACCAAAGCCUCGUCCCCUCCUCUCCUACAGCUCCCUGAUGAGACACACUGGAGGCAUCUCUCCACCUCCUGAUGGAAGUGAGGGUGGAUCCCCACUGGCCUCUCAAGCUCUGGAGAGCAACAGCGCUUGCCUGACCGAGUCUUCCAACUCCUUGCAUCCGCAGCAGGGCCAGCAUCCUUCCCCACAGCACUACAUCUCCGAGCCCUAUCUGGCCCUCCAUGAAGACUCCCAUGCUUCAGACUGUGGCGAGGAGGAGACACUCACCUUUGAGGCAGCCGUAGCCACUAGCUUGGGCCGGUCCAAUACCAUUGGCUCUGCACCACCCCUACGGCACAGCUGGCAGAUGCCUAAUGGGCACUAUCGGCGGCGGAGGCGUGGGGGGCCUGGGCCUGGCAUGAUGUGUGGAGCUGUCAGUGACCUCCUGAGUGACACGGAAGAAGAUGAUAAGUGCUAGAGGCUGCCAUCCCCUCCGAUGCAUGCUCUUCUCUCACAAGGAGAAAACCAAGACCAAAUUGGGAAGCCAGUGCGGCCCGGGGGGGAGGAAGAGGGAGAAGGAAGAUGGAGAAAGGACACCAAUGCAUCCUCCGAGAAGAGGAAGGAAAAGACAGAUGGAAAACCAGUCGAACCCACCAAUUUGGAUUAUUUCCCUUUGCAACAUGGGCACUGCCAUAGUCCUGCCUCUCUGCUGGGGAAACAAACAAACAAACAAGAAUGUGUGUGGGGGGGUUAUCCCCAUGGGAGAAGGGACAUGAAGGUGGCUUGGCUUCCGUUGCCCCUUCCCACUUUUCUAUAAGCUGCGGCAGGAUCUGGCCGACCUGUGUCUAAGCUCAUUGCCCUGAGCAGCUGGGAAGACUUUCCAGCAUCUUAAUGAGGGAAGAGUUGAAAUAGCAGGGGAAGAAUCUCCUCACCAGCUCUUGCACUUUGGCUGUCCCCGGGGCAACCGCAGCAGCAUCUCAUGCAUUAUCUUGGGGCUUGCUUUCCCCAAAGAGACACAUGCUAAAUCAGGAGCACUGGAUGCUAGUGGGAGAUGGGAGGGAGGGAGAGAAGGGCCGGAGUAGAAGGGCCCAAGGUGCUGUAGCAACAGCAGCAAGGGCUGGUCUGGGUGAGAAAAGCCAUAGCCCAGCAGCGUGUACCAUGAAGGUGAGGGUCAAAGAAACAGAACUGGAGGUGCUGGUGGGUACAGUCCUAGACUCUGACAUUUGUAACUCACACAGUAGGUGCUGUGGUAGGUAGGCUAGAUAAGGAGGUUCUCUGGGGCCCACAAAGGUGCCUGUAGCUCUUGUAAGGGUAAUAUUAACUCCAAUAGCAAGGGCCCCAACCCCAGAAGGGUUCAGCCACAGUAUGGGAACUCCAUGCAGUUCUCCGCCUUGGCCCUUUAGAUACUAGUCAGAGGGAACCCCCAACAGUAGGGGCAAGGUAGAUGGGGAGACUUAAGGCACUCUAAGCAGACUCAGCUUUCCAACAAACAUAAAAGGAACUCAAUGUUGGUGGCAGGGCUGUGACCGCAGUGGGCUGGAGGCAGUCAGCAGGCCUCUGUCAGGUAGCAAGGCUAGUGCUAAGUCAAGCCCAGAAAGGCCAGGUAUUAGCAACUACAUGCUCUCUGCCACUUCUCCAAAUGGACAGGGGACACAUAUCAGAGGGGGGGGGGGGUCACUGCGUAUUGACUUCUCUAAAGAUGAGAAAGCCUGGUAGACUGAAACAGGAAUUUUCCCAAAGGGCAUCAGUCUAGGGGAUCCCCUGUGAGGAGAAGUCCUUGAGCCUGAAGCUCAUGCAGCUUGGUUUGGGGUUUGGGGAGUCAGUUGGUGAAGAUGCUUUAAGAUACUUAAGUAACUAUACCUCAGUUUUGACCUGAGCUGCUGAUUUUAGUAAAAUAGGCUCUGAUGUGGCUCCCACUAUCUGAAUGUUCCCUGGCCAGGCUUGGGUUCCAUCCCUCCCCAGAGUAAAGGAUGGGUCAGGCCGCUGAGUCAUUCCUAAUCCCCCAAACCAGAAACACCAAGGGAACUUAGGGCCCUUCCUCAAGCACUUCUAUCAAUAAUGCAGCCAAAAGCUCCAUUCUGUGGAAUGCACCCCCCUUCCUUAAGCUUCUCUCUAGUAUCAUCAGGGUGGAUGAACAGAUACCUGGGAGCAGGGUGCUGGGCAGGACUGCCCUCCCUGGCUUCUGCACAGAACCCUCUCCAGUGAGACUGGAGACCGUCACACUGAAAGCUCAGUGGAUCGAGUCUUUAUCCUCUUCUAGACUAGGCAGAGUCUUUUUGGGACUCUUGUGUAGGAGCAGCAUUUCUUAGAAGAAAAUUCUCUUUUCAUAUGACAUUUCCUUUCUAUUCUUCUGUCCCACUCUUUCUAACGCUGGGCUGACACCGCAGCAGCAGCAGCUCUGAAAAGCCAAGUUCAUCCUCGUGGCCACAGUCAUCUGCCACAGUCUGCCUUCUCUUUCAAGUAUUGAUGGAGCUUUCAUGAACCAUGGUCAGCCCCAAACCAAAGUAGUCCCAUGACAGGUGACCGAGGCCAACCUAAGGCCUGUCAACUCUCAGAUCCUCCUCUUCCACCUCCAUUGUCCUCUCCCUGUGUGCUCAGGGGCAGCUAAGAAUACAAGCAUGAUCCUAAGGGACGUAUGUGAUUGUUACAUAAGACGGAUGCUGGGACUUGUGUUGUUUUAAAGGUUUUCUCUGCUCAGCCUCAUUCCAUGCCAAAGUGCUGCUAUAGGCCUCUUUGUGUGCACAAAAUUGCUUCCCACUAUAUUGGACAUGCAGUUUUCCUUAGGGGAAGCCUGCAACAGGAUGGCCAUUCUGAGCCAGCAAGCCUGUUGGAUGGUUGUUUGUGAAAGUCAACUGCAGAGAUAUAGCAUUACCAUCCCUAUAAUUGGAGAAAUGUGGGCUGGCAGCACAAUGACCAGAUAUGGAAUUUACCUGCAAAGGAUAGUAUCAGUAAAUUCGUGCGCGCGCGCGCACACACACACACACACACAUACACACACACACACUUGGACACAUACACAGCAUUGUAAAGAUACCAAGUAUUAUAUCUGUGGUCACUUAACUGAUCACAUAGUUUAUUUUUUAGCACUGGUGAACUUAUAAACAUUUCUUUGUUCAACUUUCCCUGGGUUUCUUUUAUCUUGGACACCACUUACCCUUCAUUAAGACCAGAACAUAGAAGAAUUUUUAUUAAGCCACAAACACAUUAUUAUAAUAGUCUCUAGUUUCCUACUGCCUCUUAAUAAACUUGAAUGCCAACCUCCUUCCUUGUAGCUGACCAGAGCUUUCCCUCCUAGCUAUCAGAGCCCGUAUCUUUCUCUUUAAAGGGAAGCUGCUUCCUCAAAGCCCAUGCUUCUCCUUGUAUCUUCCGGUACAUAGCAUGACUCUGGGUGCGGAAAGUCUUCUUGCAGAAUUCUUUAGUCAGAUAUCUCAUUACCCUGGCAAAAGUAUUUGGUCCUCAUCACCUCAAAACAAGAGAGAGGAGAAGAGGGGGCAUGAAAAGCAGACGCCAGGCAGGGAGGUGGUGUGACUAUGCUUGUGUUUGGGCAUGCCUUUCCUCUUAAGGUUCCAGACAGCUUGUCAUGUCCCUACCUUCCUAUCUGCAGGAAGGUACAGCAGCCUUCAGAAGGAUAGGAGGUUCAAGCCAAUGUGCCCUGUGUGUCAGGAAAACCACAUGCCCAUGAAGGGAUGGUACCCUCUAGUACCACCAGGCUCUACAUGAGCCAUAAUGACAGGUUCCAAGGGGAGGGAGUUAUACCACACUUCUACCAGAGGAAUCAAAUUUAACAGAAGUUUUUUCACUUCUGGUUCCAGCUUGUUUCAGAUGUUCUGAACAUUUUUCUCCCUUCACUCUGAGGCCACACCAAGAAUACCCCAUAUCCCAGCCUUUAGGCAGCAUCUCCCUUUCCCACCUACAUCCAUAACCCCCCACCACAGAUUCUUUGUGUGAACUGGAGUGCCCCUUGGCCUUCCAGUCUGGUCUUUGUUUUGCUGCAUGUUAGCACAUCCUGAGAUGGCUAAAUCCAAGUGAAUGUGAUGCAGUAACUGCUUCUGCCAUGCUGUUAGGAAAUGGUUCCUUCUCAUGAAGCAUUGUCUGAAGCUCACCGGGUGAGCCUCACAAGACCAUUCCAAGUGAACUGUAAAAGAGUACACAGGUCUGUGUACCUAAUAAAGGCUUACUACAGAGACACUAGGUCUCUUUGGUAUAGUGGAACAAUUUUUUUAAGUAAUUUCGAUUUAUUUUUAAACAUGGAUAUUUUAUGUUACAUUUCUUUCUGAAGCCUGUAAUGUCUGUUUCUUUUCUUUUCUUUCCUUUUUCUUUUUCUUUUCUUUUCUUUUGGAUAGAAUAUCUAGGUAGGUGGAGCAGGGAGUUGGGAACUUUCUCACUCAGCUCUGUUAUAACAUUGACAAAGUUGAAGUUCUAUGUAAAGGAAAGGUGGACAGUGGGAGGGAAUCAGAUUGUCUCCUGAUGUGCAGAGAUUGUUCUGAGACUUGAAAGAACUUUCACUGCAGUUACCCCUAUAACAGGGUCAUAUCUGUCAUGAUUUGAAAAACCUUCCCCAAGGCCUGAGGCUAGUGAGGCAAAGCAGCCUAUUCCUUGGGAAGGAUUCCCUCUCCCACCCAGUCUGUGUAUGUUCUUCCCUCCUGGCCCCCAGAGCAUUGCAUACUCCAAGAGAAACGGGGGAAUACUUUAUGAAACAGGCAGAAGAGGGUCAGCUGACCCCAUGUAGGUGAGCAGUCACAGUGUGAUGGGUUAACACCAGACAAGAACCUGUAAGGAAUCUGGUGCAAUUCAGAUGUGUUGUCUUUAAAUAUCUCCACAUGGAGAAUCUUCUUUUAACAAAAGCUAAACAAAAUUAACUUAGGGGUUAUGACCCAACUCUUCUAUAAAUAUGAUCAGAGGCAGCCAUGUUAAGUGCUGCCUGUACCAGUAAGUAGCCUUUUGCAGUUUUUCCUCUCUGAUCCACCCAGAACAUCCUAGCCAGGCCUGUCCCAAACCGCAGCAGCUGAUACCUUCCCCAUUGGCCAAAGACUGCUAGGGUGUUUUGUCAGCUGUCACAGGGUAAACCCAUAGUACAUAGAUGUACUACAUGAGGAGAAAGGUCUAGAAAAAAAUAAUCCUGUUUGCUUUCUGGCAGCCAUCUUUUCCUUUCCAUGAAUCUUUUUUGUGUUUUGGGUUUUUUCCCCUUAAUUAAUUUGGUCUGUGUCAUGUGUAUCCCAGAGAAGUCACAUGACACCAAGAAUAACAAAUUCACAAAUUGGUCCAACCUACUCCAAGGAUCUAGAAAGCAUCUCUGAAUAGAGUUCAAGUUAGCUCAUUUAAUGGGGGCUCCCAGCAAAGUCUAAUAUGAUUUCUGGUAAGGUCUGGACCCUUGCUUCUAUUUUUAAUAGGUUUCUUUCUGUCCACACAUUCCUAUCAUGCUAUGUACUGGAAGGUUAAUGUCCUAACCUUCCAGAUGCAAAAAGAGACUUUAUAAUAAGCCAUGCUACUACUAUGUGAAUACAUUCUUGGGUUUCAAGUUCUUGUUUAUCUGUUUUGGAAGAGUUGGAGAGACAAUAUAGAAGUAUUGAGAUUAAUGUUUAUUUUUAUCAGUUUGGUAGUUUUUGUUUGAUUGAUUAUCCAAGUAUUUUGGAACAGGCCCAAUCUAGGACAGCCAAGAAGGAUAAAUCUGUGUUCUACAGUAUUCUGAAUUUGCUUCUUUUCUAAGAUUAAUUUCUGUCAAAUUAGUGCUAUGAUAAUUGAGUCAAAAACCUGAAGUUACUGUCUCCUCCCAUCUCCGUACCCACCCCACCCUCUGUCUUGUUAAGUGGCCUUGGACCCUUGUCUCCCCAUAUUCUGCCUCUCCUCUUUCAAAGGUUUGAAAAUAUAACUUAGAUUUAUGAAAAAACAAAAAACAAAAAAACAACAACCUUCCUUCCCCAGCAAAUCAGUCAAAGUCAAGGAAAUUAUAAGAUACAGAAUUAUUUCAGAACAAUCCUUAACCAAUACACAGUACAAAAUGUAUUCCUCAGUAAGAAGCCAAGUUUAAACAAUAUAGCAAUGUGACAAAUGAACAUCAUAGGAAGCUAAAUAUAGUGAGUACUAGUCAGGCUUCACAAUUCAUCUGUGCCUUCAGAAAGGAUAGCGCAUAUAUUUCCUUUCCCUAGUUAGGGAAAUUGAAAUUCUGAUGCUUGACUACUACAUGUGUGUGCUGAGGGCUUGUGAAUUAAUAAUUAUAAAGCACGUGUCUCCACAAGUCAAGUUGGAAAAACCUUCACUCGCUAUAUCCCUCCCAUCAAGGACUUGGGAACUUCUUGGCAUUUCUUCUAAGCAUAGAAUCUUUUUAAGGAAACCUCCAUCUUAAUGGGACUGAAGCUAAGUUUGCUUUACUCCUGCUUUCUAGAUCUCGUAUUUUCUUCUCACGUUAGCACUCUUUUUCUUUUCUUAAUCCACGCUGUUUUCAUUAAUCAGAAAAGAUGAAUUCCUCCAACAAACUUCCCACUACCAUCUUCUCUUUGUGGACACUUAAGUCAGAGAGUGAAUAACCAGAAACUAACACAGAAGACAAUUCCCUAGCCUGGGUUAGAAAUGUGAGUAAAUUUUAUCUUUUUUUUUUCUACAAGUUUUCUAGAGAUAAAAAUAGGUUUCUCUCUAUAUUCUGAAAGGAGACGUUUGAACAUGGAUUGCAUAGUUGCACCACUUUCUCCUUGGUUCUCUCAGAUGAUGUCCCCUGAACUAAAAAGGAAGCCAUCAUUCUCAUCUGGUACAUCUGACUUGGACUUGAUUUGAUGACUCAGCUGUUUUCUUUGCAUCAUUCUUAUUUCUUAUAGGUGAUAGUCUAUAUUGCUCAAGAGCCGAUGCUUUAAAGCAAGUCUAUCAAGGAUAUUUCUGAGAUGAACAAGGAAAACAUUUAAAUGUGUCAAGUGCCAUUAAUCAAUUUUUAAAAUAACGGUAAUAUGAAAUGAGGGCUAAAUAGUGUAACCUAACUGCCAAUUAAAGUACACAGUAGUUCUGGUCUUAGUUACCUUUGAUAUGAAGUUAUAGGCCAUUAAGCAGAUCCCCAUGGGGUUAGUGAAAACAUAGGCAUAGCGUUUUAAUGGCUACAAUAGGGGCGUACAUUUAGACUGCAGGUUGAACUUUAAUCAGUGUUUUUCUAUCCUGGUGUUUUGUGAACAAUCCAAAAUUUCUACAAAGCUACCCUAAGUGCUGCAAUUGCAGAGGAACUUCCCUCUUGGUGGCAUUAGAAGGUUGUCCAAGGCCACUCAGGUUUGAGUCCAAGAUUUAGAAUUCACCCAGAAAACCACCAAUGGAGAAACACUUAAUGCACCGAGUAUGUUUGACAUUCCGUACUGGGGACAAGUGAGUAUAGAGAAAGAGAGAGACACUACUGAACAAAGACAAAGUUGACAUGGAAGAUAUAAAAAGUCCCAGAAGAGGACAGGCUUAAAGAUGUUUGACUUUGGAUUCUACUUCUUGCUUAGAUUUGGGGUAAAUGCUUUAGCAUGAUAUUGGAUUUAGAGGGGUUGCUUUUGGUAAACUGACUUGAAUCCCCCCAAAAUUAGUGGGUUAAUAAACACCCUUUCUAGACCUGACAGAUGGAGGAGACAUAAAGCAGCCCAAAGAAUCUAUGACUUCAGAAACUCGUAUAGUAAGCCAAUAUUGCAGAGGGCACAGUACCCUUCUUAGCAGCCUUUGUGCCAUAGGAGGGGGAAAGAACCCAUGUAGGGGACAGGAGGUUUUUUGUCAGGAAUAAAUUUCAAAUGGCAAGGUGCACUGGUUCUAACCUCAAAGGCCAACAUUGUGGGAAAGUGAUGACAGAUAUCUAAGUCAUCCCCUCCAUCCUUUGGGACCCAAGGAGAGGCCUUGAUUUGAUCUUAGAAAAUGAACAUGGGAUGGGAUCAAGAGGGAAAUUGGGUGCUCUGCCUCAGGUUGUCAAAAAUGCUGCCACCCACAUUAUCAAAAUGUGAGUCAAGCCCAUGAGACGCCCCCUUAAGGGCAGCAUCCUCUGGGGUGUAUCAGCCUGACACUCCUGCAGUAGUCGUAGGUGACUGAAUGGCAGCCAAUGCUGGCCCACCCAGAGUAUUGGUGCAUCUCGCCUAACACCGGAGUUCAGCAGUGCAUGUUGGUCAGGUGGAUAUCCUGUAACAUAAAUGCUCGUUUGGAUCCAAAAGGAAAACCAUUAAAAAUAAAAGGAAGAUGAACAACUUUAUUGUUGGGGGAGGGUGGGUCAAGGAAAAGUAAA